GCGACAACCGGUUGCUUUAACCCACGUCUGUGUGCUGUGGAACUGAAAUACAACCUGUGACAUUCUCGCUGAGCCUCAGUGCGCACACACCCUCACCUGAGGACCUCACAGAGAGCCUGACUUUCUCCAAGCUGGAUUCCCGGAGCUCCUCGCCAUGCUUGCCUGGGUUUAGAUUCUCCAUGGAGCUCUCUAACCUGUACGAGGUCGCGCCCCGGCCCCUCAUGAGCAGCCUGAACCACGGCCAGCAGCCCUCCUCCGGCUACAGAGACCCGGCAGACCUCGGGGGUGAGAUCGGAGACAGCGAGCCUUCCAUUGAUCUGAGCGCCUACAUCGACCCGUCGGCUUUCAACGACGACUUCUUGGCCGACCUGUUCCACCACAACUCACGGCAGGACAAGGUCAAGAUCAUGAACGGAGAGUACGACUCAGUGCCAUGCAUCCCGGGCCCCCAGCAGCUCUACAUGUCCAACUACAUGGAGUCCAAGCUGGACCCGCUGUACGAGCACAACCCGCCGCGCAUUCGACCAGUGGCCAUCAAGCAGGAGCCCCAGGAUGACGAGGACCUGAACCCGGGCGUGCCCCCCACCUACCACCACCCGCACCCGCAUUCGCAGCAAUACUCCCAGCAUUCUCAACAGCAGCAGCCACAGCUGCCGCACCUCCAGUACCAGAUUGCGCACUGCGCGCAGACCACCAUGCACCUCCAGCCGGGCCACCCGACCCCUCCACCGACCCCGGUGCCCAGUCCGCACCAGCACCACCAUCAACACCAGCACCCGCAGCAUGGGGGGCUGAAGCUGCUGGAGCAGCACCGGGGGGGCGGGAAAUCCAAGAAGCACGUCGACAAGAGCAGCCCGGAGUACCGGCUGAGGCGUGAGCGCAACAACGUGGCCGUGCGCAAGAGCAGGGACAAGGCCAAAAUGCGCAACAUGGAGACACAGCAGAAGGUGGUGGAGCUGACCGCCGACAACGACAGACUGAGGCGGAGAGUGGAGCACCUGACCCGGGAGCUGGACACCUUACGGGGCAUCUUUAGACAGCUGCCAGACGGAUCCUUCAAACCCAUGGGCAGCUGAGAGACUAGUGAGAUGGACUGCAACCAGAGAGGAGCCAGAUUGGUAUAAUGCUGGAUUUAUACACACAAAUGUGUCUACAUCUCUUCAUGUGUAUGGACAGACUAAGAGCUGUGAGGAGACUGAGGCAGCUGAAGUGUUCACUGCAAAAUAUCUGUCAAAACAAAGCAGUUGGUCUCUUACUGUCACUAAGUGUCUCAUUCUCUAAACACAAGUGAAAGAGCACUCUCCAGUGUGCCGCUUUCAAACACGCGGGUCUUAUAAUAAGAAAACUUGGUGAGACCAUUUCACAGUUUCUCUUGUUUCAGGAACUUUCUGGACAAAGUGUCCGUUCAUAAAGCAGGAACUGACACCUGAUCUUUGAAAACUCUUGACACAAGAUCAUUUUUGGAAGCAGGUGAAAUCAUCUCACUAUCACCGCCUGGUUAUUUUUCAUUUGUUCUGAGAGAAUGAGACUUUUACUGACUUUUAUGACAGUAAAAACUAAAUGAAUUGUUCAGAUCGUAUUUGUUUUGCAGUGUUUGUGUGCCUUUGGAAACUUUUGUGCAGAAGCCAAUAAGCUCGUUCCCCCUGCAGAACCACACAACAGAGGACUGGUUGUUUUGUGCCUUAUUUCCGUACAGACCGUGUGCCAUGACACACUCUACUCACAUACCAGAGCAGCUAAGGUAGGGCAUGGGGGCGAUGAUCCAGACCAGCCUGUUGUGCAUGGUUGUCACAUAUUUUCCUUUGUUUUAUACAAGUUACCACCUCUGUAUCGUCUCCUAAUGAACUAGAACAUGUGUUUAUAGACUUACGAAAAUCAAAGUGCACACUGCUUGCAUAUAGGCUCAACUGUAUGUAGCCUAUGUUUAUUUUUUUCCUGCAGAGACAAUAAUGCAUGAUUUAUGCUCAUUCUGUUUGUGUAUCUCCACGUGACUGAGGUGCAGGGCUGUUGGCCCGCUCUGGUACGACAUGGUCUGAUGGUACAAUAUGGAAGUUACCAUAAUAAUAAUAAUAAUACCAAAAGCAUUGUCUGUGCACCAGUGGUCACAUGAUAGACAGCUGAAUUCCUACUCUUCCCUGUGAGUUCAAAUGUUUUGAAAAGAGACAGAAAGGGGAUUUUAUUUCAGGUUGUUUAACCCAUGGCAGUAAAAGCACUGUGGGUCUGCAGAUCUCACUACAAUCACCUCAAACAUUUGAACCAUGACACCAAACAAUGUUUAAGCUUCCCGCUCAGAAACAGGCGGGUUGUGUCUCUUAAUUCCCUUAAAGGUUAUACUGUGGAGGUUUUUCCAUCUGUAUGAAUGGUGAUGUUUGAGUUAUGUCUGCUGAUGUUAACACCAAAGUAAAGAUAAGGAAUAGACACAAAAACAGAAUAUUUCAAUUGAAACUGUGGUACCUGCUUCAUCAUGUCACCAUCCAUUGUAAUCCAAGUAUCUCUAAACCUGUUGCAGCAUGUUUGUGUAAAGCUCACAAUGACGCAUUUUUAAAAAGCCCUGAAAAUGUUUAAUGAGCUCAAAGAGAGGAGACUUUUCUGCAUCAAGUUCUUGCUGUGUGUUUGGCACAUACUCUGCAGGCUCUGAGAUGUCUGGUUUUCAGAGGACAGUGAAAGUACAGCAGCUUUCUAAUGUGCACUAUUUGUUGUCAAAUGAAGCACAGUGUUGUCUGUGACACAUGCAUGGGUACUGAUCUGAAAAGCAGCAGAAAGAAACACGCCUCAUUCUACAUAUGUGUAUUUAUGUGUCGCUGAUUAUGAGAAAAACAAACAUAAACCAAAUGUGAAAAGGGUUUCUAUGCAAAGUGUCUCUUCCUCUUUUCCACUGUGGAAUCAUAGCACACACACGCACACACACACACACACACACACAGUGCCUUCUGAUCCUCUGAGAUGACCUUUGACCUCUCUGAUCUGCUCGUCACCCUGUUUAAACUGACGAUGAUUAGUGUCAGUGAGGACAAAGGAAGCACUUUGUUGUCUUUUUACAAACAAUGUUUAAACCAGUUUGUUUUCAAGUUAAUGUCUCAAUUGUAAAAU